AUGAAUUUGCUCCUCCUGGCACGGGUGAAGAAAGAAGAAGAAGAAGAAGAAGCCGAGUGUGGAGUCAGUGUGUGUAAGGGCUUUGCGCCCCACGUUGCCACCAACAUGUUCAGCUGCGUGGGAUGCUUCUGGGUGCUCCUCUCCUCCGCCCUGGUCGCCGUGUGCAGUUUCAGUUUCAUCUCUCCAGCGUGGAUUGUGAAGGAACAGAUGAGGAGCAAUAACCAACAUCAUCAUUAUCAUCACAAGGACUCUGUGAGUUUUGGUUUGCUGUGGCAUUGCUCCGAGUCUCUCGACCACAUGUACCGCUGCUACACCUUUGGAGGGAUGGGCAGAUUUGCUGAGAUCCCGUCCAGCUCGUGGCAGACCAGCGCAGUGCUUUGCUCGGGAGGGUGCGCUCUGUUGGCUGCCAGCUCUCUGUUGGCCAUCAUCACAGUCUUCCUGCCCAGUGGAGGAUGUGAGAGGAGGAUCUGCACCCUUGCUGGAUACAUGCAGAUGGCAGCAGUGUUUAUCAUGGCUGCAGGACUGCUGGUCUAUCCAUUUGGCCUCAACUCUUCACUCGUCAGGUCCUUUUGUGGAAACUCGGAUGUCUACAAUGCCGGCGAGUGCCAAAUUGGAUGGGGCUACAUGUUAGCCAUCGUCGGAGUUAUGCUCACCAUCUUUUUGCCCUUUUUUGCCAAAUAUGCACCAAAGGAGCAAUUAUCUCCCACCCCGUUGCCCGCGCUAUUAUAG